CUUUAAUUCUCAUUCACGACUUCUGGCAAAAGCCAAGAACAACUAAACUCCAUUAGUUUGCUCAAACUCAGGCAUCUGCUGUACUACAUUGUACGACACUUUUCACAAUGCCGCCAAGCACUCCCUUCAAGAGUGCCUGGACGCAAUUCUUCCCUCCGAAGGCCACUUUCACAGACAAGAAUGUUACUGCCGACCUGAAGGGCAAAGUCUACAUUGUUACAGGUGCUAAUUCCGGAAUGGGCCAGGACUUAGCUCGGGUUCUCUAUGCGAAGAACGCCAAAGUCUACAUAGCUUGCCGUUCCGAGGAGAAGGCGACAGAAUCUAUAUCAUAUAUCAAGAAGUCCGCGCCCACAUCGAAAGGAGAACUGGUCUUCCUCCCUCUCGACCUUGCCGAUCUGGCCAAAGUAAAAGCAGCAGCACAGCGCUUUCUGGCGCAAGAGUCCCGACUACACGUCCUGUUCAACAAUGCGGGAGUAAUGACGGGUCCAGCCGAACCACCACCAAAGACAGUGCAGGGUCACGAGCUUGCUCUGGGUGUAAACUGCGUUGGCACUUUUCUCUUCACCAAAUUGCUGACUCCAACACUGAUUACGACGGCCCGAUCCGAACCAGCGAAUACAGUCCGUGUCGUAUGGCUCUCCUCUUUCGGACUCACUCAGUAUGCACACGAGAGCCGCGGCAUCGACAUGGACAACUUAGACUAUCACAUCCCCAAGCCAGGCAUAGACCGCUACGGUAUCAGCAAGUGCGGCAACUGGCUUUUGGGCGUCGAGUAUGCUCGUCGACACAAAAAUGACGGUAUUGUGAGCGUGCCAAUCAACCCAGGCAAUCUCCGCACUGCUCUUGCGAGGGACCAGUCUUGGUUACUGCAGUUCAUUGCCAAUUUGAUCGUCUACCCAGUCAUCAAUGGAGUCUAUACACAGCUUUUCGCAGGAUUUUCUCCAGAGGUUACGACUGAGACGGAUUGGAGUGCGAAGUGGGUUAUCCCGUGGGGACGAUUCCAGCCGCUUCGAUCGGAUUUGCCCAAGGCUACGAAGCCGGUGGCUGAAGGUGGGAAUGGGAAUGCGCAACAAUUUUGGGAUUGGAAUGAGGAGCAGGUCAAGAAAUACUUGUGAGCCUCGUUGCUAAAAUAUACCUUCAAUGAUGUUCAUUAUAAUUCCUCUUUUGGGAAGACUUGUAAUUCGAUUUGUAUGAAUAGUUGAUGCAAUCUCAUAGAGAGGGG